GGUAACAACAGUUUGGUCGGGCCUCUACAUCAGAAUAGUAAAUUUAACUUUCAACCCAAGAUGAGAAGACCGGAUGUGUUAGAAAAAGAAGAAAGAGCCUGCGCCGCCAGGAUUUCAUAUCUUAUGCUUGAUACAUUUCCCAAAAUUCUACAGGAGUUUGCCUUAAGCGCCAUCUCUCCAAAACAAUUGAAUCGAUUGUAUGAUAUUAAUAGAACAGAAAUUGAUAAAAGUUUGAUGUUAUCAGAUGAACAAAAAGAAGUCAUGUCAAAUCUGUCGGCAGAGCAAACAUUUCAAACAUGUGAUUUGUCUCUUUUGUAUAAGCUUAUACGUCAUUUCAAACUGGUAAGGAUUCCAACUAAAGGAUGGGGAAAGGAAGUAUCCAAUAUCUUUAAUGCUGGAGACGUUAUUGAAAAACUGCGUAGAAUAAGGAACAGCAUCAUUCAUAGGUCUAAUGCAAAAUAUGGAAAACGUAAAGAAGAUAGAGUAUUUUAUGAAGUGCUUAAUCUUGCCCGAUUUGUUGACAGAGAGUUAAGCAAAACAACAAAUAAAUUUGAAGAUGAAGUUUCAGAAUUGCAAUUAUGGGAUCCCGAGAGCAGUAUAAGGGAAAAGUAUAUAUUAGCCCUUGAAAAAAUAUUAGAACUAGAAGAACUGGGAAUUGUUCGCGUACCAGGCUAUGAAAUAGCAGUAUUCAUGAAAAGUGACCUAAAUCUGAUACCACCGGGUAUAGGAACAGCUGAAGGAGAAACAAACCUUACAGUUUACGUGAAGGCGAAAGGUUUGAACAAUGAGGCAGUAAAACAACGACUAAACGAAAUGAAAGACAAAAUUAACCGAAAUCAAUUUAAGAUACUUUUCCAAAAUGCAGAACAUGGGUCUCUUAUUCUACAUGUUGUGGCAUAUCAUUCGGUUUUGUGUGUGAAAUCCACUAUGGUUGACGAAAUGAAGUCGUUUGUUGAAAGAAUAUUUUCAACUUUCGAUGAGACUUGUGUGCGAGAACGUACAGAACCAGCAGAGAGGCAGUUGGUUUUUAAGCAGCAAAUCAUGUCCGUAGAGUGUAUUUUUGCCAUGUCUGAUCAUAAAGAGGAAGGAACAAAUGAACGAAGAAGACAAAGAGACGAAGAACUGAACGAGGACGUUAAAUGUUGGAAAAAGAUACGCAAGAAAACCCUUCCAAGACUUGAUGACCUGAAAACAGAAUUAUAUAAGGCAAAUGACCAAAUAAGGCUGACAAGAGCAUUUAGAAAUGUAACAACUGGUGCUUCAUUGUUUUUAGGUGUCUUGUCUGCACCCUUCACCGGAGGAGCUUCCCUUGCGGGAGCUGCUCUACUUACAGGUUGCGCUGCUGGUUUUUCCUUUCUUAUUGAGUCAGUCAUUGAGAAACGUGUUCUUAAUAUAAUACAGUCAGGUGUUUAUAGGGAUAAAGAAGUAACGAGUCGUUUACGUCAAAGAGUAACAGCUUUUCGAAGCAUAGAGAGCUCUCCUUUUGCGGAAGAAUUAUUUACAGUUAAUAUUAACACCAUAAUUGGUUUGGCUGAAACCCCACUUUUGUCUUUUAUCAAGAGUUGGGCUGGAAUAGAAAGUAAUUCAUUGUUGCAUGCCAUUCAUAAACUAGAUCAAUACAUGUGUGCUUUAGAAGAGGAACUAAAAACCGUGGAAUAUGUCCAGGGAAAACACUUAAUGUAUUAAAAGACUUAUAAAAGAAGAAAAAGACUAUACAUAUAUUAUAAUCGUGAAGUAAUAUCCGUUUACUAGUUAGGAUCUGCUUGACCUCCCAGAGCACCUGAUACACCCUUAGUGUUUAUUUUGGUUCAUGUUGCUUAGUCUUUAGUUUUAAAUGUAUUGUUUGUCGUUUUUCGUCUUUCAUAUGUAUUUUGCAAUGUCGUUGUUAGUUUCUUUUCGACAUACAAACUUGAACACCCCUGUGUAUUUUGUUUUUUAAUCACAACAAUUAUUCUUUGGAGAUGACAACGCUUGAUUUGAUAUAAUUAUAUCAAAACUAUAAUAUCAACAUCUAACCAUUUCAGCUUUGUCAUCUAUGAUUAUAUUUAUGUAGAUGUAUUGGUAUUAUUCCGUGUAAUGUAAUCCAAGCUUGCAUUUGGAUAACAUCCAUUUUAGGAUUACAAUUAUAUCCACUCUAUAACAAUGGAUCUCAAAUUGAAAACUGUAUGAGAGACUAUGACAUUCUAACACCAUUUUUUUGCAUAUUUUGUAUCGGUCUGUAAUUAUAAAUAUUUGUAAUGUUUGUAGCCUUUAUUUAGGAAUAAAAGUAGAAGUGUUAUUAUUGGCUUUU